AUGAGAUUGUCAACUGCGUUGCUGGGCAUGCCGCUUGCUGCCGUCCAUAUGGUGUCGGCACAGAUGGACUGCACUACAGCAGGAUCUCCAGGGCCUGAAUCCGUGCUCCAAUGCCUCGGAUCUGUCGUGCAGUGCGCCACCACGGAGACCAACCUCCAAGUCAUCAGCUCGUGCGAAUGUAGCUACAUUCGUGCAGCCCUCAGCUGCUACACGUCAAUCUGUGGAGAUAGCAUCCCUUCCACGAGUGACAUGAUGUCACUGAGCUCGCAAUACUGCGGCGGCGGAGGGGCGGCAGCAACGACCACAGACAGUGGCGCCUCGAUGACCGGGUCACAGGCCAGUGCGACAGCCUCGGUCGCAAGCGCAACGAGCAGUGCUGGAGCAGAACAUAGGGGCCUGUCACAGGAGGUCUUUGUGGUUGCUGUUGUCGGGCUAGUCGGUGCUCUAGUAUGA